AUGAUCCGCGGCGCCUGGAUGUCCCCCCGCGGGGGCGCCGCCGGCGGGGCCGUGUGCUGCGCGCCGCGCCGCAGCGACAAGCCGGUGGCCGACCCCGAGCGGGCGCAGAAAUGGCGCCUGUCGCUCGCCUCGCUCCUCUUUUUCACCGUGCUCCUCUCCGACCAUCUGUGGCUCUGCGCCGGGGCCAAGCUGCGGGCGCGGGAGCGGCCGCGGGGCCGCGGGCCGCGGGCGCUGCUGGCGGCCGAGCCGGCGGGCGGCGGCGGCGGCGGCAGCUGCGAGGCCCUGCUGGGCAACCUGAGCCGCGGCCCCGGCGGGCCCUGCCCCGCCGCCCGCGGGGACCUGGACUCGGCGUGCGCCCGGCUGCUCGCCCCGCAGCGCCCGCGGGCCCCCGGCGCGCCCCUGCGCUCGCCCCCCGCCGCCGCCGCCGCCGCCGCCGCCGCGCCCUUCUUCGCCUCGCCCUCCUCCAAAAGGACCUUCCUGCAGGCUUACUUCAGGAACUUCAACCUCUCCUUUUGUGAUACUUACACGAUCUGGGACCUGCUGCGGGAGAUGGCCGGCCCCGACGGCCUGGACUGCAGCCUGGACAACCUGAUGGUGGACCUGGUGGUGGCGGCGGCCGGGGCGCUGGACGGGGAGGCCUGUAGCAGCUGCGUCCAGGCGUACCAGCGGCUGGACCAACACGCUCAGGAAAAAUACGAGGAGUUCGACCUCUUGCUGGAGAAGUACUUGCAAUCGGAAGAGUACUCGGUCAGAUCCUGCCUGACGGACUGCAAGGCUGUCUACAAGGCGUGGCUGUGCUCCGAGUACUUCAACGUGACCCAGCAGCAGUGCCGGCAGCGGAUCCCAUGCAAGCAAUACUGCCUGGAGGUGCAGACCAGGUGCCCCUUCGUGUUACCGGACAAUGAUGAGCUGAUCUAUGGAGGUUUGCCUGGCUUCAUCUGUACGGGGCUGCUGGAGAACCAGCUGCCCGACGAGGAGGCCAAGUGCUGCGAGGUGCAAUGGGACUCCUGCGAGCACCCCUCAGACAGCAACGAGGACACAUCCCCCAAAUCCACGGCGUCAGAGUCGCUCCAUUUCCACCGCCACGACCCCCACCUCCAUCACCAGAGGCAGAACCACUACCACCUCUACCACCACCACCACCACCAGUACCACCAGUACCACCAGCCUCGCUCCCCGUCCUUGCUGCCGGUCUCUGCGGGGUCUCGCCUCGGCAGCAGCAGGAUCAGACUGUGCGUGCUGGUCCUGAUGCUCCUCCACACCAUGGUGUCCUUCUCGAGCGUGCACGGCGGCGCCGGGGGGCUCGGCCUGGAGGCCCCGCCCGCCCUGGAGGAGAGCGUGGCCCGGGACGAGUGAC